GUGGUUGCCAAUUGGGGUAUUCGCCCUUGUAAGGAUCUAGUGCAGAGGGAAAUGAACCGUGGUGAUUACGACAAGCGGGAUUUUACCUCGCCGUCUGUUCGUGUGCACUGCCCGAGCCUUAUCUGGCCGCCAACGGAUCCCACCUCUCUAACUGAACAAUUAUGCGAUGAUUGUACUUUGGUACUCAAACCAGGGGUGCCAGAGAUGGUCGGUAGCUUCAAAGUCCAGAAAGAAAAGAUCGAUGAAGACGGCUCUGUUACGAUUGUUUCAAAGGAAACAAUGGUACACGAUCACUGGGCAGCUCGUAUGAGCGAAGAGCUUCACCGAAAGCUCACUCUCCGGAUCCCUUACUGCCAUCUUUGCCAGGAACCCUCAUUCUUUUUCCAAAGGGCCACUGAAACACCUGACGAAGAGGAACUCAAGUUCGGCAUCAAAGAUAUCGAGAUGGAGUUUAAUUCGGCGCUAUGGAAAUGGGCGUGGCUGAGGCAGGGAAGAGAGUCACUUUCUUUUCGCCUUGUUACAGGAUUCGUUUCCAAGCCGUGCAGAAACUGCGUUAAUCGUGAAGAUCUACUCCGUGCCAAGGUAACCGAGUUUAUAGAGCGCAGCAGCCCAAUUGAGGCUUAGGCAGUCUGGAAUUGGUUGACGCUACGAUGCGCAGGGAAGGCGAGUUUCUGGCAACACGAGUCGCCCAAUCAGGGUUUCCCUAGGACCCGGCCUCCGAGCUCGCAAGAGUUCCGAGAUUAUAUGGCGGUAGGCUGGAAGACGAAGACCAAAGUAGAGUGGCGUCACUUUAUGAACUUUGAUCCCCCCGUCAGUUGUCAACUGCCGAUUACUCUCCACGAGUCUUUAUUUACGGACUUGUCACAAUGGCACCGCCUUGCCGGAGUUAGUGGGCAAAAGGACAUUGUCCCCCGUCGUUCUCCUCUUCUCUGGAAUGUGUAUAGAGAACAGGAGAAAUUCUUGCAGGAAGAGGCUGCUAAAGAGACUGGCGUCUCAUACGUACUCACUACUAUUUCGCUGGAGGCUGCGCGACAGUUGGAUGAAAUGAAUGACGGUCUCAAUGGAAAACAACUUAGGUUUCCUCGACCUCGCGAAUCCCACCGAGUUCUCCGCUCUUUUUCCCACGAUCCUGCUCACACUCGCCCUUCCAAACGAAGCCGGUCUAACGGAAAACCUCAGACAGGAGCCCCGAUUGAAGAACCAGAAUCCAACCCAGAUGAUCCGUUGGCAGACAACGAUCCUGUUGCGCAGCCCCAGGCAAAAGAGCCUCAAAAGAAGUUCCUCAAGACAAAGUAUGGAACCUUUGAGCUAUUUCAGCCUGGCUUUUGGUUCCUGAAGAACGUAGAACCUGAUCACGUGUUGAAGUUGCCUAUUGGUGUCGGACUAAGAGACGAACUUGAACCCAUUAUGGAUUAUAAAGAGGAGGUAUAUCUCGAGGACGGUGAUAACUACCAGCCCACAGAUACCUCGGGGGAAUCCAACUCUGGGGGUUCUCAGAUUGGGGGCGAACGGGAGAUGACGGAGCGUCUCGCCAGCAUGGAUCUGAUGGACGCCGAUGCAGACCCUCCGUAUGCUGAUAUAGGCCUUGCGGACGAUGGUACGGAGGUCGAAGAUCAUGAGCCGAUAGUUGAGAAAGAGAUGGAAGUCAUGAUGAUCGACGGUGACCUUCCAGAUGCUAGUCUGGACGUUGAGGAUCAUGAACCGAGAGUUGAUAAAGGGAAAGGGAAGGAGAAAGAGAAGGUCGUGAUAGUGAUCGAUGAUGAUAGCGAGGACGAGAGCUAUGUUGCUAGGCAGAAUGUCUUGCGGGACUUUGGUGCAAGUUCCUCUAACGCGGACCCUUCUAAUGUGGAACCCAAAUACAAACACAAAAAAAGAACAUUUGCAAGUCACAAUCAACAACCUAGCCCUGCGCAUCUACCUGGACACAAUAAUCCGCAGAUCGCUAGACAAGCCGCCAACAUGAACAGCAGCCCGAAUUCGCAGAGGGUUGGACAGGCUCUCAACCUAGACGACCUCUACGAGAGUCUGAAUCCGCAGAAUCCCACCCAGGCUGACCACGAUAAGUAUCGAAAACUAGUCAGAUUGUACCCUCACCUAUUCCGUGAUGAUCGCACCAAGCUACUUCCCAACGGUUUUAUCUCUUCGUCUCGGUUGAUCAAGUUCGACGGCCAACCUAUUGGCAUAAUGCAUUUCUUUCCAGGCUUACUUCCGGUGAUCCCUGGAUAUGACACGGCGAUGACGAUCGAAUAUGUCCUAUCCGGAGUUCACGAUCGCACUCGACUGGAACCUUGGCCAUUCCUCUGGCGCAUCCUCAUCAAGUUCGACUGCAGAACUAUCGGCACUAUAGAACUUCGACAUAUGCCGGUUCCUCUCCCUCCCCCCGCGAACCCCGACGGAUCUCAUACGGAUCUGCUCCAGAUUCAUUGCCCUCUUAGGAGCUCUAACACGCCCCCGGUGGACCUACCUGGUGCGCCUCCUGUUGACAAACAAUUCAGCGGGCACCCUACUUCGGAUGGACCAUCCGACCAGAGGUCUACCUCAGGAUCCACCACCACCCUUCGCUAGCGGCUCCGGCUUUUAAAGUGCGCGCUGCUAGCUAUCCUCGCCGCAUUCAUUACAGGACACAUUCGUCAACAACAUUGCGACUAUAAAUAGUCGACACCGAAAGAGUGAAGAUGGAGUAUCCGACGCGGAUUGUGUUUACGUCCAUAUGGGGACG